AUGGCGCCCCUGUCGUUUAAGAGCACCCUUCUCUCAUGGCGCCCCUAUCUUUUACCAGCACCCUUCUCUCAUGGCGCCUAUGUCAUUUACCAGCAACCUUCUCUCAUGGCGCCCCUGUCGUUUACAAGCACCCUUCUCUCAUGGCGCCCCUGUCGUUUACCAGCAUCCUUCUCUCAUGGCGCCCCUGUCGUUUACCAACACCCUACUCUCAAGACGCCCCUGUCGUUUAAGAGCAACCUUCUCUCAUGGCGCCCCUAUCUUUUAACAGCACCCUUCUCUCAUGGCGCCCCUGUCGUCUACAAGCACCCUUCUCCCAAGUCGCUCCUGUCGUUUACCAGCACCCAACUCUCAUGGGGCCCUGUUCUAUACCAGCACCCUUCUCUCAUGGGGCCCUGUUCUAUACCAGCACCCUUCUCUCAUGGGGCCCUGUUCUAUACCAGCACCCUUCUCUCAUGGGGCCCUGUUCUAUACCAGCACCCUUCUCUCAUGGGGCCCUGUUCUAUACCAGCACCCUUCUCUCAUGUCGCCCCUGUCUUAUACCAGCACCCUUCUCAUGGUGCCCCUGUCAUUUACCAGCAUUCUUCUCUCAUGAUGCCCCUGUCAUUUACCAGCAUUCUUCUCUCAUGA